AUGGUCCUGUUUGAUGUGGCCGACUUCGGGACCGCGUACAACGUGAUCCUCAGGCGACAAGCAAUGGCCCAGUUCAUGGCCAUAGCCCACUAUGCGUACCAAGUGAUAAAACUCCCUAGACCAGCAGGGGCCAUCACCGUUGUGGGCAAUGCAAAAACGGCCAUGCGUUGUGAGAAGAGGAGCCUCGACAUGGUCGAGUUAACUCCCGGGUCGCAACCCAUAACCACCGAACCUACUGGGCGACCAGUGAAGGUUCAUGUAGUCACCAACCCAGAUAAUUGGCUCAAGGCGGUAAGCCUGGAUGACACCGACCCAUCCAAGACGGUCCAGACUGGGGCCACGCUAGACACCAAAUAG